UGACUCCCAGGAUGGGGCCGUUCCGGCACGCGCUGGCCGGAGCCGUUCUCCCGUUCCUCAUCCUUUCAGGAAAUUGGGUUUCAGCUGAAAACAUCAACUUUUACAACGUCAGGCUUCCACUGGACCCCACUCCAUUCCCAAACAGUUUCAAGUGCUUCACCUGUGACAACGCGGUGGACAACUACAACUGCAACAGAUGGGCUGAAGAUAGGUGGUGUCCUGAAAGCACCCGGUACUGCCUGACCGCUCACCUCUUCACUGCCCACGGCCAGAGCACCUCGGUCACCAAGAAAUGCGCCACCGGCGAGGAGUGUCACCUGGUGGGGUGCCACCGCCACGGGGACAGCGGCCACACGGAGUGCGUUUCCUGCUGUGAGGGCAUGAUCUGCAACGUGGAGAUCCCCACCAACGCCACCAACGCGGUGCUGGCCGUGCUGCAGGCCCGCAGGACGGCGGCGGGCAGCCGGGGCGCGCCCAGCCCGGCGCUGCUGGUGACACUGGUGACACUGGUGACACUGGUGACACUGGCGCUGUCCUGA